CCUCCUCAGUACACUUCUAAUAUUGAUGGUAUAUCAGAGUCUCGAUCUUGUCUGAUCCCGAAGAGGCUCACCCACUUCUUUCAAUAUCUGUCGGUCCUGAUCGCCGCCCCGAGCAUGGCCAAGGGGAAGUGCCCCCGUGUGCAGGUCUGAGGGCCACCAGGCACAGAGCGGUGUUCAUGGUGCUCCUGGCACUGACGGUGGUGUUACUGGUCCUGCUGGCACUGGGCAUUGUGUCUCUGCCCAUCAGGAACAAGGCCUCCCCGCCAGUUGAUUUCAGUCCCAUCACCAUCCUCAGGCAUCAGAGCUCCGACCGGAGAAGUGAGGAGUCAGGGCAGAGAGGGAAGCAGUGGUCUCAGGUGCUUUCGUGGGAGCAUCGAGCUGUUCUCUAUCACAAUUUCCAGUCCAAGGAAGAACGCGAGCACUUAAUAAGCCUUGCUAAGCCUCAUGUAGUGAAAUCGACUGUGGCCGACAGCAGAACUGGAAAGAUUUUCGAUAAUGAGGUGUCCGGACCUCCAAAUGCAAAAGCAAACUUCAGUGACGUACCCUGGUGCGAGUUACCUGAGUGUGGGAAUAAGGGAUUGGCACCGAAGAUGGGAAAUGCAGUACUAUUCUGGACCGUGAAACCUGAUGGCUCAGUUGACCCCGCAAGUGUGCAAGGAAUGCUCUCCCAGCAAACAAACAAUAGCAGAGACUUUUCCACUAAAUGGGAGUGACUAUAUGGAUCAUUCUGUGUCAUCACAAUCACACUCUCACACUUUAUACAGAUUUCCUCGGGCAUCAAAAAGCCAAUUGAGAGACAUACAUUAUCAGAAGGCAUAUCACUCCGACUUUUACGCUCCUAAUGCGUCAAUAUACCGCCCCGUGAAAAGAAUCGAUCUGAUAUAUAAAAGAAACCUCGAUACAGAUCCUGUAUCCUACAACUUGGACAGCUCCCCAACAGAUAUAUUAUUUCCUCGGCAAAGGCUGCACAUCAGAGAGAGGAUAGUAAGUGCCUACGUCGAGAAUCAUGAACUCACUAGAGCAUCAGCAUCAACAAUACCAACAAUGACAACAAAACACACACACACAUAACUAGGCAAUAUUUUGUCUGCUAAGAAAGCAAAAUUACAUCAACUCUGAUUGACUGAUGGCCACACCAUGACAAAUCAAAGAGUGGGGAUGAAUUUAAUGUAAAUGAUGAUGAAAUUUUGA